AUAGGAAAUAUUCCAGUCUCAACCACACCAAACUGUCUACUUUCCCUCUUCUCACCCUUUGGCUCGAUUGAAUCGGCCCGCGUCCUGACACACAAAAACUGCGGGUUUGUCAACUUUGAGCUUCAAGAAGAUGCUGUCCGGGCCAAGAAGGCUCUGAUUGGAAAGGAGAUCAUGGGUCCUGGCAGUGGCCCAGUUAGGAUUGGGUUCGCCAAAGAGCCUUCGAAACUACCUGUUAUCUUGUCAUCCCCUUCCUCGGUAUCUGCAACAUCAACAACAACCGCAACAACAAUAAAAGGAAAGGCAACAAAGACAGCCAAAUCAACUAAAUCGACAAAGGCAUCAGCAUCAGCAUCAGCAUCAGCAUCAGCAUCAGCAUCAGCAUCAGCACCAACAGUUCUUGGCCAGUCCCGUAGAGUAGAUAUUUCUAGACUACGUGAAUUCAGAAAGAAAUUGGAAUCUCCUUACAUCUCUCUCAACGAAUUGGAUGUCAUUGCUGUCGACUGCACUGAGGAAAUAGUUGAACUGUGUAGUGACUAUAUUGGGAAUACGGUUGUCCAACGUCUAUUUGAGCGCUGUUCAGAGACUGCUAAAUCCCACAUGCUGGAGACCAUUGCCCCUUACCUAGCCUCGGUUGGUAUCCAUAAGAAUGGCACCUGGGCUGCUCAAAAGAUCAUCGAUACAGCCCGUCUGCCGACACAGAUCAACACCGUAUGCGUCCACAUUAGACCGUAUGUUCCGGCACUGCUGCUCGAUCAGUUUGGAAACUAUGUCGUUCAGUGUUGUCUCGGCCUCGGUCCGGAUAUAAACCAGUUCAUUUUCGACGCCAUUGUCGACAACUGUUGGGAGAUUGCGCAAGGAAGAUUUGGCUCACGCGCCGUCCGAGCAACUCUGGAAAGCCCUCACGUUACAAAACGCCAGCAGAAAUAUGUAGCGUCCACACUUGUACAACACGCCUUACUGCUGGCCACAAAUGCCAAUGGCGCUCUCUUGCUGAUCUGGUUUCUCGACACGUCGGGUAUUCCAGGUCGCUACAGUAUUCUUGCUCCCCGCCUCACGCCUCAUCUGGCUCGUCUUUGCACACACAAGCUGGCCUCCCUGACUGUGCUCAAGUUAGUCAACCAGCGCCAAGAACCCGAGGCUUGUACGGUUAUUUUAGACACCCUCUUCUUUUCUCCAACCGACACCGUGAUUGACGAAGUGCUUCAGGAUCAGGUUCAUGGUGUUAGUCUUGUCCAGAAGGUCCUAUCGAGCUCAUAUGUCGAUCUAAAGGAGCGUCAGCGUAUAGCCGAGCGCGUGAAGCAGCUUUUGGCAAAGCUCAAGUUGCAGCAUGUGCAGGGCUACAAACGUCUAGUAGAGGAGAUCAAUAUGGUCAUGGGGGACUCUAACCCUGGUGCUAGU